AUGAUUAAAUUUUUUCUUGCAUUCUUUUUAAUUUUAAAUUCACAUCCAAAUGUUGAAUCGGCAAUUUCUGAAUUACUGCAGAUGAUUGAAGAGUGAGUUUUUCAGUGUUUGGAAAUUAAAGACCUAAUACUUUUCAGUAACAUAGAUCCAAGCAUAGAUCCUUGUGAUAAUUUUUACCGUCAUUCUUGUGAUGUUAACAAACCAGUGAAUGAGACAAUGUUUAAUUUGGCUAUCGAAAUGUAUAGAGAGAUUAUUAACAAUUUAACACUCACAGAUAAGUUUGAAUAUGGAAAUGUGAGUUAAUAGAUUUCACAGAAAAACUAAAUAAAAAUUUUUAUCGUAGAGAUUGGAAGCGAAUGAUUCGUCGAUAAUUGCUUUGGAAGUUUUUCUAGACAAUAAUCAAACUGAAAAUAUUCAAAAAGUUGCAGAUGAUUUUUUCGAAAGGUAUGUUUUUAUUUUAUUUUUUCUAAACAAACUUGACUCGAUUUCUUUUCAGUUGUGUUCACAAAAAUAUGACAGUUAAAAAGUAUAUUUUGCAAGCUCUUGAGACAACAUUCCCUAAAAACAAAUUCAAAAAUUUGAUAUACGAUUCGAAUUGUGAAAGAUCGUCAGAACUACUACGCAAAAAUCUUGAGAAAGUUUGGUAUAAUGAAAUCAAGGUGGGAUUUUCAGAAGGGAACUUGAAAUCAUGAUUUUUUAGACAAAAAAAGCAAGCUACGAUUUAUCUGCUAUAACAGGGUAUAUUCGAUCGAAUGCUUAUAUGUCAGUUAAUAGGGAGUUAUUUGAAAAACAUCGAGAAUAUAUGGAUGAAUUCAAAGAUGAAAUUGAAUCACUAGUGAAGGUAUUUUGAAAAUUUUGUUCAUUAUUCUCAAUUACUGAUUGUGAGUUCAGGUUACUCCUUGGGUAGAUCAAUCUGAUACAGAAAAUUAUUACAAAAAUUUGUUGAAUAUAACAUGGUUGAAAGAAAUUUCAGAUUAUGAAAAUGAUAUUAACGAUUUAAAACAUUUGAAUAAUCUAUUAUCAAUGUGUAGAUUGUAUGUUUAUCCUUGUUAUCUUUAUAAAACUACGGUUUUUUUAGAAAAUAUAAAAUAAAAUCGGUCAAAAUUUUAUGUUUCAUUGAAAAUUAUCAUAGUUUUUGGAGAAAAUUGGACACAAUAAAUGCAUUUAAUGCACGAUCAAAUAUAUCUUUUCAUCACGCAAUGAUGUUUGUAUACACUUUGAGCACUUCUCCUGGUCUUCUUGUAAGUCAGAAUCUCAACAAAAAAAUUGUAUGUAGUAGUUUAUUUCAGUAUGGUGGAACUGGAUUUGUAAUGGCACACGAAAUAGGUCAUUCUUUUGUCAAAAGUGCACAUGAUUACACUUUUGUUCCAUACUCGCCAGAAAGUUUCAAAUCUUGUGUUCAGGAACAGUUUAACAGCACUUGCUCAAUUUAUAAAGAAGUAACUGAAAACCCGUCUAUUCAUGAAUAAUUUAUGAGAUAUUUUCAGAAGGAAUGCAAAACUUCUGAUCAUCAAUUUGACGAAAAUGGUUCCGAUAUUUUUGGAUUGAAAUUAGCUUUUGACUUGAUGAAAAAGAAAUACAGCGAAAAAAUGAAUGUAAAUUGAUUUUUUUUCAAAACAUCAGCUCUCGAUUAAUCUUGUUUCAGGAAGUUGUAGAAGGAUCUCGAUAUAAUUUAACAAAUGCUGAAGUAUUUUUCUAUGUUCCUAAUAUUAUCUACUGUUGGGUAGGUAUAUUACAAUAGGCAAAAUCUUACGAGAAUAUCAAAAAUUAUUACAGAGAUCACAAUCAAAAUCUAGUUUAACAGAUAGUCAUCAUGCACACAAUGCAAGAAUGAACGCAGCCAGUGUUCAAGUUCCAGAAUUUCAGAGAAUAUUUGGAUGUGAUAACAAUAGUCGAAUGAUGAAAUCGAAAACGGUGAGGAAUUUUGAAUCAAUAUUGAAAAAAAGUAAUUUGCUGUUUCAGAAACAAUGCAUUCUUUUUGGUCAAGAUGCUUCUGAUUGA